CAAAAGUACGCCCUCUCGUGACAGAAUCAAAACAUCCGCCAUCUUAAUAUUCUGCUGAUACAAUAUUCUGGAUGAAGCAGAUUAAAUCCGUUGGCAUCUUCCUUUGUUUGAAAGUAUAGAGAUUUCUUGCCAUCAUGAGUGGGGGGAUUCCAUAUCUUGGUAGCAAAAUAAGUCUUAUUUCUAAAGCAGGAAUUCGAUAUGAGGGUAUUUUAUAUACCAUUGAUCCGAAUGAAUCGACAGUUGCAUUAGCAAAAGUUCGUUCAUUUGGAACUGAAGACCGACCAACUGAUCGACCUGUGGCACCAAGAGAUGAAAUAUUUGAAUAUAUAAUAUUUCGAGGCAGUGAUAUCAAAGACCUACAUGUCUGUGAGCCACCAAAACCACAACCUCUGCAGACAUCCUUACCACAAGAUCCUGCUAUUGUCAAAUCUUCUCAAUCAUCUUUCCAACAGCAAGCGGCAGCAAGUAACAACUAUGGGAAUAACCCAUCAUAUCAACCAUUUGGUGGUCAAAAUAUGUAUAAUCAGUAUGGUCCUUCAGCACCACAAUCUUUUGGUGGCAUUCAGCAACAACAAUCAGGUUCACGUGGGCCCUCUCCCACAUUUAACCGUAUAUCACCCACUAUGGAUCAGGGUAUACAAGUGGGGAUGAGAGGAGCACCUCCGGCCAGAAGACCCAGUGGGUCACGAGGUCCUACACCGCCACAGCAACCCAAUAGGAAGUCCCCAACAUUAGACCAAAGUACACAGAUGCCUAGUGGAAGUCCAGAGAAACAAUUACAGUCCGGCCAACAAUCUCAUAAUAGAACUGAUUUUAGGCGACCUCCACCACAGAGACCUCAACAGCAACAACAACAACAUCAACAACAACAACAGUCAUACUCAAGAGGUCGUGGAAGCAGUCGAGGGAGAGGAGGAUUUGAAAGGGGAGGAUAUGAAAGAGGCGGAGGAAAUAGAGGAGCUCACAGGGGAGGACCUAGAGGAGGUAGUGCUAGAGGUGGUGCACCUAGGGGUAGAGGAGGAAGGCAUGGAGAUCCACUUAAAUUUGAAGAAGAAUUUGAUUUUGAAACUGCUAAUGCACAGUUUGACAAAGAAGAAAUAGAAAGAGAAUUAAAAGAAAAACUUGUGAUAGGUGAUAAAACAGUGAAUGGUGAUAAAGAUAGUGUAGAGAAUGGAGGGGAUGAAGGAGAAGAAGACCCAGAAAUUACAUACGAUAAAAACAAAUCAUUCUUUGAUAAUAUUAGUUGUGAAGCGACAGAGAGAGCCAAAGGAAGAACAACAAGAACAAGUUGGAAAGAAGAGCGGAAGUUGAAUGUUGAGACAUUUGGAAUGCAAGACCGAAGAAAUUUUGCCAGCAGGGGUUAUGGGGGUUACCGUGGUUACAACAGAGGAUACAACCGAGGUUAUUACAAUGACAGGGGAUCACGAGGAUACUCGAGGGGAGGAGGAUUCAGAGGACAGACUCGUCCACCACGAGGAGGAGGUUAUGGUGGUGGAAACAGAAAUCGUAGUCAAGGAUGGGUGGAUUAUAAUUAUGAUUAUGAAGCAGCAGGAUUAGACAAACGCCAGGGCUCAGCUAAUAGACAAAGACAGACAACAACAGCAGAAUCGUAGAAAUAGUGGAAUACUUUGUGAUAAGAUGUAUGCAAGAUGAUGGAGUCUGGCAGCUUUUCGUUAUAAACUCCUUAAGAUGCAUGCGCCAUCACCCAUUAACUGACUUCAUUUCACACUCUGAAGAAGCUACUUUAGUAAGAGUUGCGAAAGAUGUCUAAGGAUUUUAAGUGUUUACAAUUGUGUAUUUAUGGAACAAAAGUUCAGCAAAAAUGAACAUAGAUGAAUUCUCCAGUAUUCAGUUGGACAAUCAGAUGCUGAAUAAAACCUUGAAAAUUAUCUCAUUUUGUUUUUGUUAAGAAAAAUGCCAUGUUAUGCUUUACUAAACAUAGCAUAAAUUGAAAAAAGAAAUUAUGUGCAACAUAUUUUUCUUGCAGUGUGAAAACAAUAGUGUAACAAAACCUAACAACAAUAAAUAUGUAUGACAUUCUCUUAAAAUAAUUAAUCAUUUGGUAAAUUUUCAUUUAAAACAAUUCUGUGUCCUGUUUUACAAAGCAAUCAUAAAGCUAACAUGUAUUUCUGUGCAAGUUGUAUAUUAUAAUACAUAUUUUGAGAAAUUCUGUGUUGGUAAAUUCUGCCUCAUCUUUUUCACAAUUGAGCUUUAUAGAUGGAUUUGGAUAUUCUCUGUUUGUCAUAUGGCCUAUGUGUUAAUACAUAUUUUGCUUUCAAAUUUUUUUUGAGUGCUUCUGAUUGACAGUAAAGAAAGCACAUUGAAGCAGCAACGUCUGUGUGUAUGGCUUGACCUAUAUGUUAGUUGCAUUUGCUUUUUUAAAUGGGACCGUACUUAUUUGUAUCUUUUUUUGUUAAAGAUUUGUUAAAACAUUGUAGUUAUUACAAAGAAUAGUGCUAGAUUGGACAAACUGUACUGUACCAAAGUUUCUACAGGUUUUAAUUUAUUCAAUCAACUUUGUACUGGGCAGUCAGUUUUACAAAAUUUUAGAUUGAAAUAGAUUAAUCUGAAAGAGCUUGGACCUUAAAUAGUUUUCUUUUUUUAUAAAAUAUUCUUGAUGUGUAAUUUCCAAAUGAAUUCCAAAAGAGAUUUUAUACUGGAUUAUGGUAUAAGCUCAUCACAGACUUACGGUUAACUUCAAACUUUUUAAUCUGUACCAAUUACUCUUUACUCUAAUAACAAAAAACACAAGAUCAAUUUUGAGUAUUUUUUUUGGUCAAAAUUCAUUAAAAUAAUAUUGUCUUAGAUUUUCAUAAAUUUUCCUGUAAGGUCCCUUAAAAAUAUGUGUGUUUACAGGCACCCUACCAAACCUAUUUAUUAUCAGAACCCUGGGCUUUUUUAAAUGAACAUGAUGAAUGUUUGAGUUAUAUGUUUCGACACAGAGUUGUCAUGUGUAGCCAAUGGAAUUGGUGAAAAAGACAAAACUCAUAAGAUUUUAAGUAAUUUUGUUUGGAUUUAAAGAAGAUUGUGUUUUUUAAUAAGUUCAUUAGAAAAUUAUUCUUUCUAAACUAGAUUUCUAUCUUAAACUGUGGUAAUUGUUGUAUUUUGUUAUUGUGUGAUGAUUGUGUUCCCUGAACAAAAUGAAAUAUAAAUAUUCAAAUAAAUGAAGACUGAAAACUACAUAUUUUCACUAUUACUGUAAACACACAUUUAUUAUUUUUGUUGGCCUUAUGAUAAUUGGAAUCCAGAUUCAUUUUCAAGAUACUUUUUCUGGGUUUUUAAAAAGUUUCUCUUGUCCAUUUGGUUGUAUGAAAAAGUAGUGAUUAUGAAAAUUGACUUGAGCAUCCUGUGGUAAGAGUUUACUCACAUGAACCAUGGGGUGAGAUUCACGUGUUUAUUUUUGCUCUGCAUACUUCCUCACCUUGAUACUUGACAGGUUUCUGUUUGCCCUAGUAAUUCACACAUUUUUGUAUUUUUUACAUGUAUUUAUUUGCCUUGUACACUACUAAUGAAUUUACGGAGUGCAAAUUCUGUAUGUUAUUUUAUAUAUGUUAAUGUUUUUCUAUUGGAGGAAGAUCAACAUAGGUGUAAAAAAUCAUAUUUUUGGAUCAAAAACAUACAGAUGAAUCUUUUUAUUACAUUUGACAGAAUUAUCUCUAAGCCACUUUAUAUUUUCAUCAUUUGAAAUGAUAUAAGAACAUUUCUGGCAAUUUUUUUAUUACAAAAACUGCAUAAGGAAAUACACUUGAAGUUGUCUAUCUUUUUAACAGUUCGAAAAUGUAUGCUUCCUAAAAAUGAGUAGUCAUUUGUAAAUAGAAAAUGAGGAUAAUAGGAGUAAAAUGUAGUGAGGAUAUUUGAUCUUUUCCUUGCAUGCAAAUAUUUAUAAAUCUUAUUUAUAUUGGUUGGACCUUAUGGUGAUAUUUUAGAAAGAACAUUUAAUGUUUGGUGUUAUAAAAUUAAUUUUUGCAUUGAUUGAAAUGGGUUUUUGCCAGUUUUAUCAUAUAUGAAAAUAUUUUGAUGUUUCCUCUCCCCAGGCCAUUUGAGCUCUCUUUUCACUUGCUAUAAAUGUUAACCAAAGAACUUUGAUAUUUAAUAUUUUUUGUUUUAUUGUCUGAGUGAGUUCUAUGAAUCUUCAAAAACAAAUUAUUGAAGUGUAUCCGUCUAUAUUGUAUACAAAAUGACAAUUUAUAUAAGUAAUUUUUGAAGUUUUAUAGAACUCAAAUGGACUUUAUACAUGCACAUUAAUUAUUUUGUUAAAUCAGAGAUUGGAAUUUGAAAUAGGAAAUUCAAAACAGAUAACUUGCAAGUAAAAAAUUCAGUUAAUUCAAGAUUUUAUUGCUUGCACUAACACAUACCAAAUGUGUUCCAUGAAGUCAAAUUGGAAUUUUUUUUUUUUUUUUAAAUGGUGCGGGUUUGAAGAAAAGUAUUUCUUGACUUGGAAACUAUAGCAAAUUUCUAUAGAAGACACUCUUAUUAGAAAACGAAUUUUGUAAUGUCGAAAUCAAAGGAAAUGAGAGAGAAAAACCUACACAUUUUUUACACAGCUAUACUGAAAAUCUGCAAAUGUACUCUAGCAUAACUUCCGUACUAUAAAAUUAUAUUUGUCAUAAUUUCAGGGAUGAUGGAGAUACAUCUAAUAAUAAUUUGUUUGUGUGUUCAUUUUGUUGCUGUACUUCAAAACCUUUUCACUGAGAACUCCCAAUAUGUAGAAUGUUUGGAUCCUUUUCAUACAAAUGUGAUGACAUUAACAGAAUGAAUAGGUUGAAAGUGCAUUGACUAAAUUAUUUUUUUUGUGGUUGGUUGACCAUGGAAGCCAUAUCAGCUAUGUUCAUGACCUAAUUUAAAUAUAUAAAUUGUUGAUUCUCAAUCAAAGAAUUCAAGGAACAGGGGGAAAAGGAUACUUCUUUGUCGUGUCAAUAAAGAAUUCAUGGGUGUAUACUUUAGUCAUUGUACUUGCAACACGUUCAACUAUCACUGGCCACUAGAAAAGCCCUAGUUGUAAUUUAAGAGCCAGUUUAGGCUUGAGGAACUUAAUUAAAACUAAUACCCUAUGUUUUUAAGACUGAAUACAUUCAGAUUACGAAUUUUUACAUGUCUUAGUGUAAAUCUGUGAACUGGUUGACACUGUAUAGUACAAUUAAAGUUUUCAGAGAAUAACACAUAUACCCUGGAGCAAAUGUCUCAGAAAUGUAUGACUUUAAGUUAAAUGGUUGUUUAAAAUGGAGACAUUUUUAGUGGUAAUUUUGUUAGAGUUAUUUUCAUUAUAAAUGAAUAUUAUUUCUUAACCAGUUGUAUUGUUAAAUUAAAUUAUUUCAGAUCUCUAUUAACACAGUACAAAUAUUUGUAAUAGAAUUGGCACAAUGUAUAAGUCAAAAAUUUGAUUUGUUGACUUGCAAAUGUCAAAAAUACAUCUGUUAAUCAGUUUUUAAUUUGAACAAAUUCAACUAAGUGACAUGAAAAAACAUUUAUAGUUUAAUUUAAAAAGGAGCUCAUAAUGAAUUUCACCAGAUAAGUUUUCAAUUAAUACUUUAGAUCAUCAUAUUUAUAUAGAGCGACAGUUUUGCACAAUACAUAACACAAAUGAAAACUAUUUUUCCUAUUACAGAAAUUUCACGUCUUUUACAAAAAGGUUCUAGUACUGAGAUAAUUUCAAUAGACACUUUACUGUUUCAUAGCUAAUAGAGAUUCUAGUCACAAAGAAACUGCCAGUUGUAAUGUGUGGCAGCUAUAGUACAGACUACAGCAAAUCAAAUAUUCAACUAAUUAAGUAAUCAAAAUAAGUCUUUAAGUGAGUACUGCUUUUUCUCAUUAAGUAUUUUCAAAUAAAAUACAGAAAUUAAAAAUGUGCAGUACAGAAAAAACCUUAGGAAAAUAUUAUUUAUUGUAGUCUUUUUAACAUGUGCAAAAUUGAUAAAUUGAGUAUAUUGAAAGAGUGAUCUCAAGGGGUUAAGGUAAUUGAUUACAUGAGUAAUGAUAACAGUUAUCAGAUGAGUUAUACAUUUUGUAUAGAGGUUUUGACCUUCGUCAAUGUAUGAAAUAAAAAAACACAAACAUUUCGAAUAAAAAGUGCUAUAAAAUUA